AUGGUGCAAAUAACUGCGACCAGGCUGUUUUUACUUCUACUUUCUCGAAUUAUUUUCAAUUUUCAGGCCGCUUGCGGACAAGAGAGGAGUUACACUGAUGGGGCAAUAACAACUCGCGUAGGCUUUAGCCUUAAAGGAAGCGUUAUGAAAACGCUACGUGUCCCAAGUAUCAUUUGUUGCACUCAACACUGCUUGAAAGAGUCCAGGUGCAUCUCAACAAACUUUAAGUUUCUGAAACAUGAAAGCAAUGGGAUGUGUGAAUUAAAUGAUGCAGCUCUUUUGGCCAAGACGAAAAAUAAAUUUUCUCCAGAGGAAGGUGUUAUAUUUUCGCAGUAUAGUAGAAUGAAGGUAAGAAGACCUUAGUACAGGUAACCAGGAGAUAUUUGUGGUUUGAGUAAGAGACACAAGGCAGCUUCCUUCCGGGUCGAUCAAUUUAAAUCGAGAUCUCGCCUAAAAGCGCCACCAGACUGAAUAUUUUCUCCAAAAUGAGGACAGAUUUAGCGUAAUAGAGUUGCCUGACAUGAUACGGCUGUUAAGCUCAUUAGUUUUUUUUCUGAGUGUAUAAUCCAUCUUUAUUUCUUUUCCGCUGUAGAAAGUCCAUCAAGCCCAGGAAAUCCAAAACAAGGAAACCUACCAUGGUAACUUUUUUACACUGAGUUGAUGUUGUAAUAUUAUGCUUGUGCAUCUAAAGAUUCGCAAGAAUCACUUUCGAAACAGUUAUUCAUUAAAUAAAUAACUGUGCUGCGUAGAUUCUUGUUCGGGAACAAAGGUGUAAACAGAGAGAGAAACAUAAUGGAUAAAUUUUGGACGUGUCGAUGGAUUUGGUACUGUACUAAUUUGGAACACUAUUUAAAACUCAAAAAAACCCAAAUAAGUAAAGAAAAGUGAAUGCAAGUCUCGAGAGUCCCGACCGGUGGGAAGUGGACCAAUUGGUUAUUUAACUUUGAGGUGUCGCGUGGUAGUAAAACUUACUUCUCAAAACACAGUUGAUUGGCCGGGGGUGGGAUUAAAAAAAAAAGGAAAUUCCAGCCCCUUAAUUAAGAGGCGUACUGUCUCCUCAAAGAUCGAGGGACGAGGAGAAAGCGAAGUCACAAGCGGAAGAGGCAUGCGCAAAGACACUCAGAUGCGUCAAUCAUUAGCGGCUUUAAAGAUGGGAUAGAUAUGAUUUUUAGCUUCAAUUAGAUAAGUUUCAUAAUUGUGACACUGAAAACACGUUGUGGCCUUGCUACAAAUUAGCCAAAGAUUAGUUUAUGAUCAUGAGUUAUCGUGUCAAGACUGUAAGUCAGUUUUGUCAUUUCUGGGUAAAUCAAAUCAUAAAAGAUAACAAUGAAGACACCUCUAAGCCAUUGAAAUAUUCAAUCGUAGUUAGUCACUCUGGGCAGUUUGAAACCAGAUAGAAUUACGACUGAUAGUUUCCCUCCUUUUCGAUUUGGGACCAAUUGCUUUGAUUUUUAAUGUAAGUGAUAUUUUAAUUUCACCACAAAGGCAAAAGCUGCAAAGCAGCGAUUGAAUAUUUGAAGAAGUUUGCCAUCGUUUUGUGGAACUCUUUUAAAAUUUCUAAAGCCAUUUGCACACACAAAAAAUAUUCUGUUAGAUCGUAAUAUUGUGUUCAAAAAACAACGCAUUAAAACUGAAAGAGUAAUACCAUCUGACCAAAGGAUUCUUCAGAUCAAUUGAAACAGGCCAUUUUAAGUUAGCAAUUACUUUUACUUUCGGAUGUGUUUCGUGUCGUUUUUAUUGAAACAAACUUACCCUUGCCUUAGCCCUACAUCUAUUGUGCAAGUUAAAAACCUUCUCCGAGAAAAGCCGCACAUAACCUUGGGUAACACGGAUAUAAUGUUUAAGUUGGUUACCCUUUAUCACAACGACUCCUUAGGUCUAGUUUCUGAGGCGUAGUUCUUUCCAUUACACCAGAAACGAUGAGAAAAUGAAUUUUCCAUUUCUUAUGGAUUUUCUGCUUAGUUUCAGAUUUUUCCCUGGAAUUUCCAUCUGCAGCUGGGUUUAACGAUUCUGUUAUCUUGCCCGCAUCAGUUCCAAAAUUACAAGCAUUCACAAUCUGUUUUUGGAUGAAAACAGAUGACCGAGACAAUCAGGGAACGCCAUUUAGUUACGCAGUGGAAGGAAGGGAAAAUGAAAUUGUUUUGAAAAACUACAAGAACUUCCGCAUCCAGGUCUCGAACAAAAGUCCGGGGUGAGUAUCACGGCAAGUCUAAAACAAAAAUGUACAGCAAAAGUUUUCUCCGGCCUUCUUUUCUUGUGACAUGUUCAUGGAUUAUUUUGUUCAAUGUGCAUUACAACCUCUUGUCUUCUUAGAUUCUUGUAACCGGAAGAAGAACGGAAUGAAAAAUGAAAGCAUAUCAACGAAAAUUUUGAACUAUCAAUAACUCGUUUUCCAUCGUGAACGCGUUCCAAGAGUUUAUUUCAACAAAGUAGCACAUUUGUAUUUUGCUUUUCCAUUUUUUGAUAACAACGCUGCAAUAGGGUCUCACAUCGAUUAAAUGUUUCACAAUAUACUUCGACAAACCAAUAACUGUCUUAUUUAAGCCAAUGUUCCUGUAGAUUCUUUUUUUUUUAAUCAGCGCAAGUGGUAUAUCUGCAAACGAUGGCAAAUGGCAUCACAUCUGCGUGACUUGGGAGAAUAAUAACGGUUCAUGGAACCUUUACAAGGAUGGGGGUUUGGAGAAGGGAGGUGCAGGCUUAAAGGCAGGUGCUGUGAUUGAUGGCGACGGGAUCUUUGUGCUGGGGAAGUUUCAAGGAGAUCGUUUGAAAGAGAAAAACUUCAUCGGUCAGAUCGCACAUUUAAACAUCUGGAGUCAUGUUCUCCCAAAUGAUGAUAUAACUCGACUCUCUCAGCCUUGUCUCUCAGCUGAAGGGAACGCUGUGAAGUGGUCAGAUUUCAAAAAUGGAGUCCAUGGAAACAUCAGUGUGAUUAUUCCAUCACCAUGCAGGCCAUAG